CUCAAACAGAGCAGCCAGCAACUGAAGAACAGCAUGUCUGGUGGCAAAUACAUAGAUGAAGAGGGUGUGCUCUACACCACGCCGGUUAUCAGAGAGCACGGCAACAUCUACAAGCCCAAUAACAAGACCAUGGCAGGUGAGACCCUGAUGGAUACAGCUGCCCGGGACGUGCACACUAAGGAGAUCGAUCUGGUCAACAGGGACCCCAAGCACCUGAAUGACGAUGUGGUGAAGAUCGAUUUUGAAGAUGUGAUUGCCGAACCAGACGGGACACAUAGCUUCGAUGGCAUCUGGAAAGCAAGCUUCACUACAUUCACUGUCACAAAGUACUGGUUCUAUCGGCUGCUGACUACAAUCUUUGGCAUUCCACUUGCACUUAUCUGGGGCAUCUACUUUGCCAUCCUCUCCUUCCUGCACAUAUGGGCAGUGGUGCCAUUCAUGCGAAGCUACUUGAUUGAGAUUCAAUGUAUCAGCCGAGUCUAUUCCAUUGGUAUCCACACCUUCUGUGACCCAUUGUUUGAAGCCAUGGGCAAAGCACUCAGUUUUAUUAAGAUUUCUGUACGCAAAGAAAUGUAGGUGGUUAUUACUGAGAGCAGAGAGUCAUAUUUUAUGUGUUAGGGUUUUUUUUUAAAGCAGCAACAUUAUUUGAGCACUGAAGCGAGAUCAAAGAAUCACUAGAUGAGUUUAUAUCCCUAUGCAAAUUAUUUAUCCCUGCAGACUUGUAUAAGCCUUUAGGAAGUCUGCACAUUGUGAAAUAGAUCUGAUUUUGUUGGUUUAAUGUGAAAUACUGCAUAUAUGUUAGCCACCCACAUGUAUUUCUUCUGUUGGACUAGCACAAAGCAGCCCUUUUCUAACACUAUAAUGCUGAUGACUUUAUUUUUGGAGCAAAUGUAUUAAGCAUUGCAGUGGGGUGAACGUUACAGCCUGGCAAGCUGGGAGAGAAUGUUCUUUUCCCAUUGUAUAAUCUGCUAACUGCUGUCAUUUACUUCACUGGCUUGAUUUUACAGCCAACAGUGCAAGCAAAUAGCUGCAUUAAAGAGACAUUCUCGUUGUGUGUAAAUAACCUAUAUAUGAAAGACUUUACUGAAAAGCCUUCUUUUUUUGGCAAAAUCGUUGCUGCAAACAACUGUUUCAGAUUCUCCUAAUAAAGGGAGAAUAAUAAGCAGACUACAUGUUAGUAUCACUUGUGAGACUUUACUGCUUGGCAACAGCAUUCACAUACAAACGUCAUAUUUUUUUCCCAAAAUAGGGAAAGGGCAUCCUUGGCUUCCCACCCUCUACAGUGAGUAAUGGUUUUAGGGCAGGGUAAAUGGUGCACUUGCUUGGCCAGAACUUUACUAAAAGAACAAACUACAUAGUAUACACAGUGUAGCAACUGUUUGAUUGCACAUCAAGAUGCUGUUAAUCUUCAACAUCCAGCAUUCCAUACACAGCCAGAGCCAGGCAGGGGAAAGCUAGGAGUUGUAGUGCAACAACAGCUAGAGGAUCACAGGUUAGAUAACACUGAUUUACAUAGUUCUGUUUCUUAAGUGGGAAUUAGGGAUCCAAACCUUCCUCUGCUGACCAGGCUUUCAUCUUUUUUCAUAUCUGGCCCUUUACAAUAUCACAAUAGUUAAUGUGAAAUAUGGAUUUAUAUACUGAAUAAAAUGUAUUUAGUUACUGAAAUAAUAGCUAACCUGUGGCUCCUACACCAUUCGCUACACAUAUUUUAGCAAAUCAGCAGCAGCAGUAGAACCACAUGUCAAAGAUUCUUGAAAGGAAUCAAUUACUAUAGUAUACUGCUAGCAAAGUGAACUCAUAAAGGAUAUGGCACAUUCCCAUAGUCUUUACAUUGUGAACAGUGUUCCCUCUGGCAUUCAUAGCCAAAACAUACAUAAAGCUCCCAGCAUCCACAACCACCUGCUACUGCUGGUUGCAAAUGUACAUACCUUCUUUAAUAUAUGACUUUGCUUACUAAAGCAGAUUCUGUAUCUUUUUAUCAUGCCUGCUUCUUUGUAAAAGAUUGUGUUUAUUCAUCCUGUUGCAUUUACAGCAAUCACACUGAGUAAUGAAUACUGUGUAAAGUUUUACAUGCCACUGCUUUCAUUGGUUAUUACUGUCUCAUUAAAAAAUGUUGUGACUUUCA